CCGACUGGCGGAACCUUCAGUUCAGUCCGAGGACCAUGAAAUUCCUGACGGUAUUCGCAUUCGCCAGUGUGGCCACGUUCGUGGUGCUCCACAGCGCCUACGGCUCUCCAUUGCCGGAGCCGGCUCCCGGUCCGAGUCCUGCAGCCGAUCCCAAGCCCGUAGCGGACCCGUCGGCCGAUCCGGAACCUGUCGCCAGUCGGUCAGCCGAUCCAGGUCCAAGUCCCAAUCCCAGUCUGGACGCCAAUCCCAUCCCGCUGUCGGCAGCUUCACCGAGCGGACAGACGGGACCACAGGCCGCCGGGGGCGAUGACAACUUCGUUGCCCUUUCCGCCAACGCGGAGCCAAUGGGUCCAGCCCCAGAAGCUGCAUCCCUGACAGCGGACGAUCCCCGAGCUGGUCAGUAGGAGAUCGUCUUUCAGUGCAGCACCAGCGGCAGCUUAAUUUAACACUAGCCUGCACACCCACACACAAGGAGACACACACGCAUAUAUCCUUAUAUCUGGUAUAUUAUGUAUUCCAACAUCUAGCAAGGGCAUUAUUAAAAUGGCAAAAGAAAACCACA